GGCGCAGACGGGAGCGGACGGAGGGAAAGUGUUUUCACCCUCAGCUUUUAAGAUUUUUCUUUUUUUUUUUUUAUAUAUGUAUGUGUGUGUAUAUAGGUAUAUGUUUGGACGUAAACUUAAAUGGCACGGAGUGAGCUGAGUGCGUCAUCUCGUCUGAGGAAUUAACGAGCAGCGUGAGGCUGAGGAGUCUCGCUGGGAUCUGAAAGGGAAGAAUUUGGUGUCCCGGCGGUGUAGACGGACCCCCGACUCCGACCCCCCACGGUCCUAAAGGGACCAGCUGUUUGACUUCACGUGGAUGAACCGGGCCGACGAGGAUUCAGACAUCACCUCUGGGGUUUCUGAUGCUUCUGAUUGGACGGCGCCUCGGUUCAUCUGACCCACAGGCCUGACGUGUUUCUUCCAACUCCAACUUCUUCUUUUUCCAACUUCUCCUUUUUAAUUUUUAUUUCCUCUUCUCUCUUGGACCAAAGUUCUGCCUCAAAAAGCAGGCGAUGAUGCCGUUGCAGUUUUAUUUUCCAUCAGAAAAGAGGAAAAAGUUUUUAGCCUCAGCACCUUAACCAGCCUUUCAAGGAAACUGGGAGGGUGGAUUAUUGAAAGGAGUCUGCUGGAGCCUUUUGGAGAAUUUAAAUGGAUGUUUGCUGCUGCUGAAACUCCAGGGAAGGUGCCGAGUUCAUCUGUAGUCCUGUGGAAGGACAGUGUGUGUCUGUCAAGUUUGUGAAUGUGUGUGUUCGUCCUGGGAGUCAGACGCAUUUACAUCUAAAUGAGCGUUUCAGGCGGCUGGAGCUGAUUUCUGAAACAUCCGGACGAAUACACAAGAUUUGCAAACAGACAGAAAGGUUGUUUUUUUUUUUUUUUCUCCUCAAGUUAACUCAACUUUCUCGAUCCAAUUACCAGAUUUUUGACCGUUCAGUAACUUUCGAAUAUAAAGACUGAUUCUUUUGAAGUUGGAAUGAAUUUACCUUCAACAUUUCAGAAAAGCACAAAGAUUUCCUGUGAAUUUUGUGGUGAAUUUGUUGGUGCUGUUCCUGUAGCAAACUAAGUUUCUCAUUUCCAGACACAUAAUCCUGUUUUUUACACGCAGUGUCUGUUGUCACGCCUUAGAAGUGCAGCAUCCUGUGAUUUACAUGAAUUCAUCUGUAAACCAGAUGGACUGAACUGGUUUUGAUGAGACUACAGAGCCGCUGCUGCUGUUUCCGAGACCUCAUCAUUAACCCGACAUUCAGGUCCUCUGUGUAUUUUAUCUCCUAGGAAAGAAAAUUCAUGAGAUUUUAUUUAAUGAGAAUUCAUAUGAUUGCACCAUUUACUAAGGAUGUUGCUUUUUAUUAACACAGCACCAAGACUCUGACUGCAGAAUUUUUAAUAUUCAGACGUGUGACAGUUAUUUCCAGCUGCUACGUCGUCAUCUUUUUAACUUCUUCAGACAUUACCGCGGAUCUCAGAAACACUUUUCUCAUUUGAAUGUUUGGAUCUGUGAAGUCUUGAGCUGCCAGUUUCAAGAGAAUCUGAUUUCUUGUGAUGAUUUGAGCGACAUCACAACUUUAACUGAUUUAAAAUCAUCAGUAUUCAAGAGAAGAGGCUGAGCUUGUCGCCAAAGAAGCACGCUCUCUGUGACUGCUGCUCUGUGACUGAUUUUUUUAGUUCCCACCCUGGAUUAUUAUCAUUGAAUGUGAUAAAUUUGCCAGAGUUUGACUUUUUGACCCUGGAGAGACGAAUCAUAAACUCGCCGAGCUGCACAGCGUCCAGAGGACAGCAGGACCUCUCGCACAAUCCCACCUGAAAUCACCUCGUCCGACCUCGGGGGGGAACUCGCUGCCCAUCCCAUCACCGCCAUGGUGAUGUCACAGGGCACCUACACCUUCCUGGCCUGUUUCGCCGGCUUCUGGUUGGUCUGGGCCCUCAUCGUCAUGCUCUGCUGUUUCUGCAGCUUCCUGCAGCGCAGGCUGAAGCGCCGGCGUGAGGAGAGGCUCAGGGAGCAGUGUCUGCGGACUGUAGAGAUGGAGCCGCUCAGCUGUCACCCCACAGGCUACCCGCCUCCUCCUCCUCCACCACCGCCGCCGCCACCACCUCUGCAGGUGCCCAGGGAGCCGCCGCAGUUCUGCCCUCCUCACACCCUGUCGCCACCACUUCCUCUAAUGGUUCCUCAUCCCAUGCCACAAGCAACCUGGGUCAGCAUGCCAGAUACAGAUUUAUUCGGGAAGCCGCCAUGCUAUGAGGAGGCGGUCCUGAUGGAGGAUCCUCCUCCGCCCUACAGCGAGGUCUUGGCCGACCCACGGGCGGGCACCUUUCUGAAGCCCGUCCCGCUUCGAGCAGAGCCGGCACCUGUCAGGGAACACCGGGAUCCGGCUCCGGUGUUCACAUCCGAGACCAGUAAGCCUCCCGCUGCGACUGUGUUCCCCGAUCGGGGUUACUCCUCCCUGAUACGCCUGCCUUCGUCCCAGCGCUGGGACUCCCUGGGUCAUCUUCUGUCCAACAUGGACUUGAACCACAACAACCUCACCCCGCCAGGGGGCCGCUCCCUCCAGGCUGCUGCCGCGAUGGCUACCAUGCCACGCCGAGAACCCAGGACUCACCACGAUGGACUUGGGCUCAGAGGGGGAAUACAAGGACUUCAAGGGGGAAUACAAGGAUUCCAAGGAGGCUUACAGGGGCUUCAGGGGGUUCAUGGACUGAGGGCACUGGAGCCCGGCUGUGGCCUCCCAACAGCCUUCCCCCUGCUGGGUCGGAGCACUGCUGUCUAGGUCUGGAUUCUCUCUAACCAACCAGUAGGUCGGUCCAUCUCUGAAGAGCCUUUAUCAGGAGAUCUUUAUAGACAGACUUCCUGUCUGUACGCCUCCUUUCCUGCUCAGUGUUUACAGCACUAGCAUAGAAGUAGAGAUUUAAUUCCCCAAAGAGCUAAAAGUGGGUUAAAGUGACGCGAAGGCGUCUGGAGUUCGAUUCCCCGUGCAGCUCAGUGGGCGAAGGAUGCCACUUACUCUGCCGGGACUGUGGCUUUCAGCUGUGUGUGUGGGUAAAGGAGGAAAUUACACACCGUUUCACACCGGCGCUGUUGAGUCACUGAGGUAUCCUGGUGUCAUAUCAGAGUUAAUUGAGUCCGAGUUCUUUAGAGGAGCAGAGGAGGAGAGGACAGAACCGGUAACGACGCAGAUGAAGAGCGACAAAUGAGCAACAAGCACAGCUGUUUGCGAACCUUUCAUCCACACUCCCUCCGCCUCUAUUUUCAUCUCUACCUCCCCUUUUCGUGUCGCCCUCUCAUUCUGUUCAUCCUCUCUUCUUUCUGCGCUGAAGCAACAACCUAUUGUACCAGUCUGCUGUUGCCAUGGCUCCCGGGAAACUGUCUGUUGCCCACGACGACCUCUCCUCUUUCAUCUGCUCUGAUUUUUGAAGACUCUGUUUGCGGCCUGGCUCCUCACGAGGACUGAGAGUAUUAACACUUAGAGAAGAACACGUGGUGACCUUCAGCCGCCCUGUUUGUGACAUCAGAGCCAGUUUUCACACUGAGAUCCUGAACGGAUCUGAAGGUAGCCCGCCACAGACGAGCCAGGAUCGCGUUUUCUAACAUGCUGCUUUGUUAUUUUCAGCGUAGUCUGUAACUGUGGUUUGGCCUCGGCCUGGACGUCAGGUGGUCACAGGAUGACGUUCGCUCGGCCAUUAAUGUGAAAAAAAAACAAAACAAACAUUUUUCACGUAAAACAUUUAAGAUGAUUCUUUUCUGCUUUGUGACAAACGCAUUUCCUCUUGUGAAAUAAAAACAUCUUCACCUGCAAAGUUUCUUUCAAUAAAUUAUGGAGAAAAAAAAAGAUCAAAGUGUCAAAAUAAAACAAACAAAAAAUAAAACUUA